UGAAUGUUCUUGUGGAAGAAAUUCUGUAUUUACAUCUAUAGCUUCCGUUUUCAACAUUUUUCCUGUUUACUGUUAAGUUCGUGGAAAAGGUAUAAUCGGUAUCGAUUUUGAACUUUGUUGAUUUAGGAGAUUACCUUUUGUUUAUUGUUGUGUUGAACUUUCUUGCUGAAAUUUAAGAUAUAUCGUCUAUUGAAGUGUAAAGAAAUCAUAAGCAUUGACCUUCAAAUGUGGAAGGAACAGAAGGAUUGAAUUGAUAUAUCUGAAGGAAGAAGAAUUAGGUUAAUCUUUUGCCAAUUUUUUGUUUGAUUUUGUAUUUCACGUUUUAAUAUCUCUGGAAGGGGAUAUGGUAGUUUGGAACUCUAAUUUACUCUCUAAUAGAUACAAGUAAGAUCAUCAUUACACACAUUCAUUCAUUUUCUGUUGAAGAUAUCAUCAGAUUGUGAAUCGUCUAUUGGUGUUGGUUCAUCACUAAGAGUAAAGAGAUCAUAAACAUUGACCUUCAAAUGUUGAAGGAACAGAAGGAUUGAAAAGAAAUAUCUGAAGGAAGAAGGAUUAGGUUAAUCUUUUGCCAAUUUUUUGUUUGUUUUUGUAUUUCACGUUUUAAUAACUUUGGAAAGGGAUAUGGAAGUUUGGAACCCUAGUUCACAAGCAUAUUUACUCUAUAAUAGAUACAAGUAAGAUCAUUACACACAUUCAUUCAUUUUCUGUUGAAGAUAUCGUGAGAUUGUGAAUCGUCUAUUGAUGCUGGUUCAUCACUAAGAUUAAAGAGAUCAUAUACAUUGACCUUUCAAUUUUUUGUUUGAUUUUGUAUUCCACGUUUUAACAUCUCUGGAAAGGGAAAGGGAAGUUUGGAACCCUAGUUCACAAGCAUUUACUCUAUAAUAGAUACAAAGAAACAGAUGGAUGAUUCUUCUUCUAGAUCUAUAUUGGAAGAGCUGCAUGAAUCUUUUAUAAAUGGUCAAGUAGAUGAUCCUUCAGACAGGGAAGCAUGUAUGUUAUGUCAUAGAACAAUUUCACCUGAUCAUACAUCUGAGGAGCUUGAUACCAUUACCAUGUGCGGAGUCUGUAAGUUUCUGUUUCUUGAAGAAUCUAGUACUUUAGCAGAAGAAACUCCUCAUAGUAGUAGGAGAAGGACGUCCAGAAGAAGAAGAAGAAGAAGAAGAACCAGAAAUAUAAGUGUGGAGUCAAUCGAUAAUCUCUUCUCUCAGCAGUUCUCACAUUUAAUCAACAUGGCAAGAAACCAUGAUAAUCAGGUAACAGUGGAGGAAGACGACGCCACAAGAUUGGAUACAGAGAGUGAUGGAUUCGAUUCUCUUUAUGGAGAAAGCGAAUCAAAUUUCAGUUUCAACAAUUUAAGGCUUUUCCCGAGUGAGAGUGAUGUCAUUUCAUUUAGCGAUGUUUCUGUCGAUGAACAUGAACUGAGUUUUCUGGAUAUCGAUCCCAUGAAUGCUGCUCUUAGCCAGUGGGACUCGGAUUCUGAAUGGGAAGAAGCUGAAUUCGAAGAAAAUACUGUCGAGUCUCGAGUUCGAAACUCGCUCGAUUCUCCUUUGAGCAUAGGGGUGUCGAAUAUGCUGCCUUCAUUUGGGAAUACUUCAAAUCUCGACGAACUAACAAUCAACGAACUUCUCGAUCGUCUGGCUGAUGACGUAGGGUCAAGAAGGGGUGCUCCCCCUGCAGCCGAAUCAAUCAUAGAUUCUUUGCCUCUUGUAGUGAUUGGAAAGGAGCACAAAAAGAAAAACGACGAUUUAACAUGUGCGAUCUGCAAAGAGGGUUUGUCAAUCGGUACAUACGUAAAUCAGCUGCCUUGCUUUCACGUUUAUCAUCCUUCUUGUAUCGUCCCGUGGUUAAGUUCGCGAAAUUCUUGCCCACUCUGUCGAUACGAGCUCCCUACUGAUGACAAAGACUAUGAAGAGGCCAAACGAGGCAGUACUUCUGAAAUACAGCAUUCGCGACAAACUGUUAAUGUUGACGAUGAUGAGGUCGAGAUUGAAGAAGAAGUGAAUGAGUUUGGUUCUGAGGGUGUGAAUAUUGUUGGUGAAAAAAAUGAGGGCUCUAGAAGUUGGUUUUUUCUUGCUGCUGCCCCUGUUUUUAGCCUUGCGGGUAUUGCUCUUAUGAUGUGGUUUGGGAAACCUCAAGUUCCGCAAAGAGGACAGAAUAAUAACAACCAUCGUCGACCCUCGUGGUGAAAUCUAGGACCAGAUUUUGAAUGUUUGUUUUGAGGUUCAAUUUCGGAUUUAAAGCACACCAUUAUGAUGAUCUGUUUCUGGGAUUAGUUGAGGUGCGAUGAAGAAAAAAGAUGAAAAAAAAAAUUGUGUUCGCCCA